AUGCAAAAUUUUUCUUCUGUUUUUCGUUCAAUAAUACUGGCCGCUGUUGUUUGCGGCCUGACUUUUACGCCGCGCGUCCACGCUGCUGCCUACACCCUGCCAGAGGAUAACAACAGUCUUCUGGGUGCUGUAAAGCAGGUGCAGCUGGUUUAUGAAGACACUUUUGCCAUCAUUGCGCGGCGAACGGGUGUUGGAUUUUCUGGCCUGCAACGUGCCAAUCCGGGUAUCGAUGAGUGGUUACCCGGUGCUGGUGUGUCGCUGGCGUUGCCGACUUCCAUGCUUUUGCCGGCAACCCCCAGGCAAGGUGUUGUCAUCAACCUUGCAGAGCUGCGCAUGUACUUCUUUCCGGAGUCGGGACAGCAGGUGUUUGUUUAUCCGAUUGGUAUUGGCAGCGAAGGGCGCGAAACCCCGGUCAUGCAGACUUCAGUUGUUGGGAAAAUUGAAAAUCCAACCUGGUACCCACCACAGUCCGUGCGUGACCGACACGCGGCUGAAGGUGACAUUCUACCGCGGGUAGUGCCGCCGGGGCCGGACAAUCCGCUGGGUCCCUUUGCCAUUCAGCUGGCCCGCUCGGGUUACUUCAUCCACGGUACCAAUGCCCCGAUUGGUGUUGGGCAGCGGGUAUCGUCGGGGUGUAUCCGCAUGUACAACAAUCACGUGGCAAGUCUGGUUGCGACGCUGCCGAAUCGCACGAGCGUCCGGGUGAUUGAUCAACCCUAUAAAGCAGGGUGGCAGGGUGAUGACUUAUAUCUGGAAGCACAUCCGCCGUUGGAAGGCGCUUUAAACCAUAGCCAGGCAGUGGCGGCGGUGAUUAGUGCGACAAAGGCGCGUGAUGCGGAUGUCGACUGGGGCAGGGUAGUUGAGGUAGCACGCACAGGCAGUGGCCUGCCUGUACGUAUUACACGCUAG